AUGUCAGAAUACACGAAACUUGAGAUUUCAAGUCCAAGUCCAAGUUCAAGUUCAAGUUCAAGUUCAAUUUCAAGUUCAAGUUCAAGUUCAAGUUCAAGUUCAAGUUCAAGUUCAAGUUCAAGUUCAAGUUCAAGUUCAAGUUCAAGUUCAAGUUCAAGUUCAAGUUCAAGUUCAAGUUCAAGUUCAAGUUCAAGUUCAAGUUCAAGUUCAAGUUCAAGUUCAAGUUCAAGUUCAAGUUCAAGUUCAAGUUCAAGUUCAAGUUCAAGUUCAAGUUCAAGUUCAAGUUCAAGUUCAAGUUCAAGUUCAAGUUCAAGUUCAAGUUCAAGUACAAGUUCAAGUUCAAGUUCAAGUUCAAGUUCAAGUUCAAGUUCAAGUUCAAGUUCAAGUUCAAGUUCAAGUUCAAGUUCAAGUUCAAGUUCAAGUUCAAGUUCAAGUUCAAGUUCAAGUUCAAGUUCAAGUUCAAGUUCAAGUUCAAGUUCAAGUUCAAGUUCAAGUUCAAGUUCAAGUUCAAGUUCAAGUUCAAGUUCAAGUUCAAGUUCAAGUUCAAGUUCAAGUUCAAGUUCAAGUUCAAGUUCAAGUUCAAGUUCAAGUUCAAGUUCAAGUUCAAGUUCAAGUUCAAGUUCAAGUUCAAGUUCAAGUUCAAGUUCAAGUUCAAGUUCAAGUUCAAGUUCAAGUUCAAGUUCAAGUUCAAGUUCAAGUUCAAGUUCAAGUUCAAGUUCAAGUUCAAGUUCAAGUUCAAGUUCAAGUUCAAGUUCAAGUUCAAGUUCAAGUUCAAGUUCAAGUUCAAGUUCAAGUUCAAGUUCAAGUUCAAGUUCAAGUUCAAGUUCAAGUUCAAGUUCAAGUUCAAGUUCAAGUUCAAGUUCAAGUUCAAGUUCAAGUUCAAGUUCAAGUUCAAGUUCAAGUUCAAGUUCAAGUUCAAGUUCAAGUUCAAGUUCAAGUUCAAGUUCAAGUUCAAGUUCAAGUUCAAGUUCAAGUUCAAGUUCAAGUUCAAGUUCAAGUUCAAGUUCAAGUUCAAGU